GCAUCGCUAGCAUCCUGCGGAGUCCGAGACAAAGAUGUGCUCGGCGUUGUGGAUCUCAGCUCUCCUUCAUCUCCUGGUUGCAGCGAUGACUCUGAGACCGUUCGUGCACGUUUAAGGAGCUGAAACACACACUCACACUGACGCGCCUACGGUAGCAGCUAACUGGACGGACUCUCUGGCAAUUGACCUUUUGCAGUGGAAUAGCGGAAUAAGUCUUGAACCAUGAGCUCAGUGGCAGUGUUGACCCCGGAGAGCUUUGCGGAGCAUCGCAGUGGCCUCAAGGACCAAGAGAUUACAGGCUGCGUCCCAGAGGAUGAGGCCUACAUUCCCACCUACCUGGAGGCUUUCCCUCCGCUGCCGGAGAAGGGGGCACCAGGGGAAAAGGCCGGGGAGCAGGCUUCAGCUUGGGGGAGCAAGAUCAGGCCCAUCAAAGCCUCUAUCAUCACCCAGGUGUUCCAUGUGCCCCUGGAGGAGCGUCGCUACAAGGACAACAGCCAGUUCGGGGAAGGCGAGGAAGCCAAAGUGUGCUUGGACAUCAUGCAGCGGACAGGGGCCCACAUUGAGCUGUCCCUGGCCAAAGACCAGGGCCUGUCCAUCAUGGUCACCGGCAAACUGGACUCUGUCAUGAAGGCUCGCAAAGAAAUCGUAGCUCGCCUGCAGACACAGGCCUCAGCUACGGUCGCCAUCCCCAAGGAGCACCAUCGUUUUGUCAUUGGUAAAAAUGGCGAGAAGCUGCAGGAGCUGGAGCUGAAGACCGCCACCAAGAUUGCUAUUCCACGUCCUGACGACCCCAGUGCCAACAUCCGCAUCACUGGCACCAAGGAAGGCAUCGAAAAGGCUCGCCAUGAAAUCCUUCUGAUCUCUGCUGAACAGGACAAGCGUGCAGUGGAGCGUCUGUCCCUGGAGAAGGCCUUCCAUCCCUUCAUCGCUGGCGCCCACAACCGGCUGGUGCAGGAGCUGAGCCAGGAGACGGGCGCUCGCAUCAGCAUCCCGCCACCCAGCCUGCCCAAGGACGAGAUCGUCAUCACCGGGGAGAAGGAGGCCGUCGCACUGGCGCUCAGCCGCAUCCGAGCCAUCUACGACGACAAGAAGAGGAAGACCACCACCAUCUCCGUGGAGGUGAAGAAGUCGCAGCAUAAGUACAUUAUAGGUCCUAAGGGCAACACCCUGCAGGAGAUCCUGGAGACCACGGGGGUGUCUGUGGAGAUGCCUCCUCUGGACUCCGGCUCAGAGACCAUCAUCCUCAGGGGGGAGCCUGACAAGCUGGGACCAGCGCUCACACAGGUGUACGCAAAGGCGAAGAGUGUGAUGGUGGUGGAGGUGACCGCUCCGGCCUGGCUGCAUCGCUUCAUCAUCGGCAAGAAAGGACAGAACAUCGGGCGGAUCACACAGCAGCUACCACGGGUUCACAUAGAGUUUACGGAUGGUGAGGAGCGCAUCAGUCUGGAGGGGCCAACAGAGGAGGUGGAACAGGCUCAGGCCCAGAUACAAGAGAUCAUCAAGGACCUGCUGGUGAGGAUGGACUACACUGAAGUCAUCAUAGACCAGCGUUUCCACAGACACCUCAUCGGAAAGAACGGAGCCAACAUAAAUCGGAUCAAGGAGCAGUACAAAGUGUCGGUACGAAUCCCCCAGGACUCUGAACGAAGUGGUCUGGUCCGGAUCGAGGGAGACCCUAAAGGAGUCCAGCUGGCACGCAGAGAGCUCAUUGAGAUGGUCCAGAGAAUGGAAAACGAGCGCACCAAAGACCUGAUCGUGGAGCAGAAGUUCCAUCGGACAAUCAUCGGCCAGAAGGGAGAGAAGAUCAAAGAAGUUCGAGACAAGUUCCCUGAGGUCAUUAUCAACUUCCCUGACCCAUCACAGAAGAGUGACAUAGUCCAGUUGAGAGGGCCGAAGAACGAGGUGGAGAAAUGUGCAAAGUUUCUCCAGAAAAUUAUUGCUGACCUGAUUGAGAAUAGCUUCUCGCUCUCCGUUCCCAUCUUCAAGCAGUUUCACAAAAACAUCAUUGGUAAGGGUGGCGCCAACAUCAAAAAGAUCCGUGAAGAGACCAACACUAAGAUCGACCUGCCGACAGAGAACAGUAACUCCGAGAUGAUCGUCAUCACAGGCAAGAAGAGUAACUGUGAGGCAGCCAGAGAACGAAUCCUCGCCAUCCAGAGAGAACUGGCCAACAUUAAGGAGACAGAGGUCGCCAUCCCUGCCAAGCUGCACAACUCUCUGAUCGGCUCAAAGGGCUGCCUUGUGCGCUCCAUCAUGGAGGACUGCGGCGGCGUCCACAUCCAUUUCCCCUCUGAGGGCUCCGGCUCAGACAAGGUCACCAUCAGAGGGCCCGUCGGUGAGGUGGAAAAGGCCAAGAAACAGCUGCUGCAGCUGGCUGAAGAGAAGCAAGUCAACAACUUCACAGCUGAGCUUCAGGCCAAAACAGAGUACCAUAAAUUCCUGAUCGGCCGUGGAGGGGCCAAUAUUCGUCGUGUGCGGGACAAGACGGGGGCCCGCAUCAUCUUCCCGUCGCCGGAUGACACCGAGCAGGAACUGAUCACCAUCGUAGGGAAGGAGGAAGCCGUCCGUCAGGCCCAGAAGGAGCUGGAAAGUCUAGUCAAGAAUCUGGACGACGUGGUGGAGGACAGCAUGGUAGUAGACGUUCGCCACCACCGCCACUUUGUGUGUCGGAGAGGCCAGGUGCUGCGGGAGCUGGCAGAGGAGUACGGCGGAGUAGCCGUGAGCUUCCCUCGUACUGGAGCCAACAGUCAGCGGGUCACUCUGAAGGGAGCCAAGGACUGUGUGGAGGCCGCCAAGAAACGCAUCCAGGAGCUCAUCGAGGACCUGGAGUCCCAGGUGAGUGUGGAGGUGACCAUCCCUCAGCGCUACCACCGAGCCAUCAUGGGGCCUAAAGGCUGCCGCAUUCAGUACAUCACCAGGGAGCACGAGGUCCAAAUCAAGUUCCCCGAGAGAGACGACAGCGCUGCAGGCCAGGAGGCUCCAGCACAGGAAAACGGUGAGGUCAGCUCAGAGGCAGAGUUUGUCCCCCGCAAGUGUGACAUCAUCACCAUUGCUGGGCGUGCAGAGAAGUGUGAACUAGCUAAAGCCGCCCUGCUGGCACUGGUGCCCAUCACGGAGGACGUCGAAGUGUCUUAUGAGCUGCAUCGCUACAUCAUUGGCCAGAAGGGCAGUGGGAUCAGGAAGAUGAUGGAGGAAUACGAGGUGAACAUCUGGGUUCCGCAGCCGGAGAAGCAGCUGGAUGUAAUCAAGGUGACGGGCCUGGUAGCCAACGUGGAGCGAGCCAAACUGGGUCUGCUCGAGAGGGUCAAAGAACUGCAGGCCGAGCAGGAAGACAGGGCCCUGCGCAGUUUCAAGGUUACCAUGUCUGUAGAGCCAAAGUUUCAUCCCAAGAUUAUCGGCCGCAAAGGUGCAGUCAUCUCUCAGAUCAGGAAAGACCACGACGUCAGCAUCCAGUUCCCCGACAAAGGAGACGAGCAGCAGGAUCUGAUCGUUAUCUCAGGGUACGAGCGUAACGUGGAGGAGGCGCGUCAAGCCAUCCAGCAGCUGGUGGCCGAGUUGCAGGAGAUGGUGAGCCAUGAUGUUCACCUGGACCCGAGGACCCACGCUCGCAUCAUCGGGGCCCGUGGCAAAGCCAUCCGUAAGCUGAUGGAGGAGUUCAAGGUGGAUAUCCGGUUCCCUCAGCCAGGCUCAGACGAGCCCGACAAAGUGACGGUGAUGGGCCUUCCUGAGACUGUCGACAACGCCAUCGACCACCUGCUCAACCUGGAGGAGGAAUAUAUGCUCAGCGUGACAGAGACGGAGACCUUGGCAGCUUACAUGAAGCCUCCAUCUCGCUAUGGAGGGGGAGGGGGAGCUGGAGGAGGUGAUGAUAGCAGCGGGGGUCCGGCUAAGGGCUUUGUGGUGCGGGACGCCCCCUGGAAUGCAGCAGGGAACAAGGCUCCUGACAUGAGCAGUGCAGAGGAUUUCCCCACGUUUGGGACAGGUGUGGCCCCGAAGCAAGCGUCCGCCUGGGGUCCAAAGAAGUUCUGAAGCCGCUCAUCCGGAGGAAAACAAAAAACUUCUGUAAAGUAGAUGAUGAGAGACGAAACAAUUCUCUAAUCAAAUUGCUGCUCACCUUCCCUACUCCUCCUCUUCUCUUUGGUGACCUCCCUUUGUCUCUUUCUCUGUAAACCCCUAUUACCGGCCUCCCACAACCAGCCACAAUGAAUUCUGGGAGAACUAUCUCUUCUUUUUUCCUCGUCCGUCUUUCUUCUUAGUACCUCCACCUCCAUGUUCCCCCUGCUUUAAAAAAAAAAAAGAACAUUGAGUGCUCUUUUAAUAGUUUUGCUGUCCUGCUCUGCCUCUCGGUUGCACCACCUUGACGGUCUUGCGAAAAUAUUUCAAAAACUGUCCCCGUUUGACCUCUGCCAAAUCACCUUACUGCAGUACAUUAGAAAUGUUUAAAUUUGUCAGUCUGCUGAAUCAGAAGUGGGGGUCAGAGAGCACUGGGGAAAUAUCCAGAAGCUGUCAGGGAGGUGGUGGUUGUGUAUUCCAAGUGACAAUAGCUACAUCUUGGAUUUUUAAGCUCAAAAAAAGGGGAGUCUGUUUUACUGUGCAAGAAGAGUUUGUCAACAAUUACAUCUUUUAAGGUUCUUUUCCUGUCUUUUUUACAAGGUUUCUAUUUGGCUCAUCUUUCCAGUCAAUAAUGUGGUGCAGCAGGUGAGGUAAUGAGCUGUGUGUGUGUGUGUGUGGGGGUUCAGGAGAGGUUUUUCACCCACAAGUGUUUGUACAGUAAAUCCCCUUUUAAUUUAUGUCGGAGCUGGGAGCAAAAACAGCUGCUGUAGUCGACUUUCUGGAGCUUUUCUUUUGACGUGAUGAUGAAUCAAAAGAUGUGAGUCCUGCGCCGACUGUUUAUUUAUUCAAAAAGGAGCCAUUUUAUUUGGACUACUGUGAUCAUGCGUUUUUAUAAAAGCACUCACUGUAGCUUGAUGCUUACAACCUUUUGUUUAGGAGUGAAUGUUGUACGUCAGGGUUUGGGGACAUGUUAAAAGUUGUUAUGUGUAAGUGUACAAAGAACUUUUCGCUAUUUUUUUAAACUGUGUGAUUUUUUUGUGGUUGUUGGUUUCUGGCAUAUUUGGAAGACUGUAUGUAUGUGUGUGCGUGUGGAAGUUAAGACGUAUAUUUCAAUGAAGCUGAACCAAACUUUUA